AUGGAACUUUCUAAUGUUAGUGCACAGUACUUCGAAGCAACUCCCAUAGAUGGCUGGUCUUAUCUUGGAUACUUGGAAGCAAUGAAACCGUAUUUCUACAAUUAUGCUUCAAUAACUUCAUUAAAAUCUUCGUGGAGAAAAAGUUUCUUGGCUACAUUGAGGACUUUUGAAAAGUGCCAAGAUCAAGAGAGAAGUGAGAAGAGCAAUAAACGAGAAAUAUCGGAGUAUUGGAAUCGUAUCGAACAAGAAAGAGCAUUGAAGACGAGACAAUUGGCUGUGAAAAACCAAACAAAAUCUUCUGCGUUGGAUAUGCUGAAUGUUGCAACCAGCAAUCAAACGAACCAAGUUAUUAAGUUGUCAGACGAAAAAUACCCUAGUAUUGAACGUCGGGAAAAAUUGGAUGGGCCAUCAUCAAAAAACGCGAGCUCUAAUCCAGAUCCGGAUGCGAGUGAAGAAGAUCAGGAAGAAGAGGAGUCCGCAGAUGAAAUCGAUAAAUUCUUUAUGGACAAGGGAAAUAAUGAAAAGAUUCGUAACGGUGUUACCAGCAACGAUAUUGGUAAUAUUAACUUCGUGGAAUGUAUGGAAGAAUCCAAGCCAAUGUCAUCAACCUGUCAACGUCCGUGGGUCCUCCGUAGUGGUACAAACAUAAUAUGGAUGUUUGAUGAUGAUUCUUUUAAUUAUGGAUUCUUUUUCACUGAAUAUUUUUUCGAUGAAGUUGAAAAAAUUAACCCGGAAAUUAUUGAAACGAAUCGAAAAGUAGAGCUUAGCGAUGAGGAAAAAAAUGUUAUUUCUAUUUUAAGACGGGCUGUUGUCGCGUAUGCUGAAAAUCUGGAAAGAGUUGAUCUUCCCGUUUCCGAGGCUGACUUCGACAACGCAUUUCCCAACAUGCCUGCCAAAAGAUUCUUAAAUAGGGAGGAACUAAAGAUGGAUCAUGUUGGGCGUCAGCCUAUCGCCGAAAUGAAGGUCGCUCCGUUGUUCUCAGAGCUCGCAUUGGACAAAAGUCUCAAAAGUGGUGGACUCCCAGAGCCUCAUAAAAAAAAAAUUUACGAAGACAAAGUUGAUCUAAGCGUGGCCAUGCGGGAUAUCUUAUAUACGUUCUUUAAAGAGAAUUCUAAAGCACCUGGCUCUGAUAUUCAUUCCACAUUUGUCUUUGGAAUACACUCAUGGGGUAAUUAA